CAGUAGUCAUGUGUUCAGAGAGAGAAACAGGGCUGGGUUUCUGUUUUUUUGGUAGAAGAGAAUGAGGAAGUGUUGAAAGAAACAACCGACAACCCUACACAACCGGACUGGAUCAGAGAACAUGGAGGAGCCUACAACACACAGCCACGAGGAGAGCACGGAUCUUGAGCCAGAGUUGAGGCUGGUGCUGCUGGGCUUUGCUGGAUCAGGGAAGAGCAGCGUGGGGAACGCCGUGCUUGGCUUUAAAGCGUUCGAAACCCGUCUCAGCGCCGAGUCCCAGAAGCCGGUUACACAGCAGUGUGAGAGGAAGUGUGGGACCGUCGCUGGAAAAAAGGUGGCGGUGAUCGACACUCCAGACUGGUUCUUCUCAGAGCGCCCCCCGAAGGAAGUGCAGGGCCAGCUGUCUCUAUGCAAAUCGCUGUCCGGCCCGGGACCCCACGCCUUCCUGCUGUGCGUCUCUGUGCACCGGCCAGGUGAGCAGGAUCUCCAAGCGUUGGAUGCUUUGGAGAAGGUGUUUGGGCCGGAAGCUUUGAGCAAGCACACCGUCGUACUUUUCACUCGUGCGGAACGUCUUUCUGAAGACCUGCCGCUGGAGGAGUUACUGAGCGGCGAGCGCAAAGACCUGCAGGAGGUGGUGGCGAGGUGCGGGAAUCGCUAUCAGGUCCUGGAACUCGAAGAAGAUGAUGGAAAGAGUGUGGAAAAGCUGCUGGAGAAGGUGGAGGAGAUGGUAAACGAGAGUGGGGAGGAAUUCUACACCUUUCCAUCACUUAAGAAAGCAGAUUCGGAAAUUAGAGGAACCGAGGGGAACGAAGAGCCAGACUUAUCGUCUGAAAUCAUGUGUAGAAAGAGAGGAGGAGGAGGUGAAGGAGGAGAUGAGGAAGAACAGGGCAGUGAGAAGGCUGAGAAGGUGAGUGCAGAUGAUCAGGAGGCGGUGGGAGACGAAGACACCACUUUAUCACCUCCUGGACCUCCUCCUUCAUUUCUGCGCUGGAUGUGGGACAGUGUAGUGGGUUGGGUGCUCUGGAUACCCAGUCUGCUGAGGGGCAGCACAUUACUCGGUUCCUUUGUGGGGCUGUUCGUUGGAGGAGUGUUCGGAGGGGUCAUGGGAGCUACGGUGGGCUCGGUGGCCACUGAGGUGGGCAGGAGAAAACCUCAAAAAGCAAAAGAGAAAUGACUUUGUCUACUUUUAGAACACUAAAACUUCAUUAAAAAGCUCUUGACCAAGUCACUAAGCAAGAUAUUAGCAAGAUAAAACCAAGCUAACAACUGAGAUAAUAUAUAAUACUGUUACUGUUACACACUUUCAAGGCUGGUGCUUACCAGAGCUUGAGUAGUCCUGGACCUGGAGUACUCCUGUUCUGCACAUUUUUGCAUUUCCUCUGCUGAAACACGCCCACUUCAGCUCACUAAACCAGUUGAAGGCUUGUUAAUUAGGAAGGGGAACACAUGUGCAGGACAGGGCUUCUCCAGGACAAAGACCAAAGAUAAGAAGGAAAAAAAAAUACACAACAAUCAGCCAAAACAUUACAAUGACUGUAGACUGUAGUCUUGUAUCUGUUUCUCUAUAUACAUUUAUUUUUAUUUUUUUCCUCAUUUUCUACCAAUAUAGCUAGGUUGAUUUUUCCACCCAUUCAGCUGCUAGUUGGCUAAAUAGCCCACAUCACUGUUGAUGCCACAACACAAGGAGCGUGAAGACUAGCACAUGCCUCCUCCGAAACAUGUGAAGUCAGACUCCGCCUCUUUUCAAACUGCUGCUGAUGUAGCAUCACAGCACACUCGAAGGAAAGUGCAGCGACUCGGUUCCGAUACAUCAGCUCAAAGAUGCCUUGUGUUGAUCCACAUCACCCUAGUAGUGAUGAGGGGAAAGAGCACCCCUCAUUUACCAUCCCAGAGAGAGCAAGGGCAAUUGUGUUCUUUCAGGGCUCCGGCAGUUAAUGGCAAGCUGCAUGACCGGGAUUCAAACCAGUGAUCUCCCAAUUAUAGUGGCAGUGCUUUAUGGAGCAGGUAGCAGAGCAGUUUUUUGGGCGGUGGCACUCAGACACUGUUUGGCAUGGUGGUUGUGUAUAAGGUGUUAGUGUGUGUUGUGCUGGCAUGCGUGGACCAGAUACAGCCAGCAGUGCUGCCGGAGUUUUUAAACACCUCAGUAUCACUGAUGAACUGAGAAUAGUCAGUCCACCAACCAGAAAAGGGCAGCAUCCUGUGGGCAGUGUCCUGUGGGCACUUAUAAAGGACUGACUAGAGGAUGACCAACACUGUAAACUGUGCAGGAACAGAUUCAGAGCUUCUGUCUCUGACUUUAUUUUACUUUAUUAUCUAUAAGGUGGAGCAGCUGUAGGUAGGAGUGUGUAAUAGAGUCUAAUACAGUAUGUGAAGAAUACAGUGUUUAAAACAACCAGCAGCACUGCUGUAUCUGAUCCACUCACACACACACACACACUGCUCAACACACACUGUCAAAUGAUAAUGACCCACCACCUAAAUAAUAGCUGCUCUGUUGUAGCUCUGUGGGGUCCUGAACUUUGAUGAACAGAGUAAAAGGUGUACAGAGAUUUAAGGACAUGGUGUUAAUGUUAUGGCUGAUUGGUGUAUAUGCAAAUAAACUAAGAUUAUAAGGUUGUUUAUGUAGGAAAGACACUUGGAAUAGAUUUAUAAGCACCUUAAACUACAAACUAAAGCAACUUUUUUUUUUUUUUAAUGUGAAUAAAUGUGAGUAAAUGUGAGUAAAUUACUCCCAGACACAGUCAUGAAAAUAAAUGCUGUAAAAGCCUUGAUGGCUAUAAUGGAAUAACAAAACUUACUGCUAUAAUAGCAGCUUGUGUUUACUUCGUAAUAUCACUCUGCCAGGUUUAAUGUGCAGGUGCCUACAACCAACAAUUUGCCAACUUAGGUUAUGUUCAGAACGCAGACAAAUCUAAUUUAAGCACCUAAAGCGAACUAAUAAAUCCCAAUAUUAUUCACAUUUCAUAGCAUCUACAAAUGUGGUUUGGAUUCAGUUUGCAAAAUUCUGUAGUUUCUGGCUGUCCACACUCAAAAUGAUUAAAAAUCUGUAUAUAGAUAAUAUAUAAUAGAUAUAAUCUAGAUAUUUCAGAAAUCAGAUUUGAGCUAGCAGUCUGAACAUAGUUUUAGACCCUGUUAACACCUGGUCAUUUUACAUAACUAGUAUUUGAUUGUAUCCUGAUAAGUCUUUAACUGCAUGCAUUUACAAUUAAAAGACAAAUUGUUCAUCAUUUAGUCUGAUUAAAAUCUGAUUGCCAUGUGCAACAAAAUAUGCAAAUCUUAUUGGUGUUUUAGUUUUACUGGAAGGAAUUUUGGUUGUCUGAUGUGUCACUAAUGACAAACUGCUGCUGUUUACACCUGACUGCUGUUGUUUAACCUGCAGGUUCUUCUGCCCUGUUUCUUUCUUCACUUCACUUUAAAGCUGCUGAUCUUUCUCAACCCUAAUGUGUGUUAUUUUUUGGAAAAUGAAUAUUAUUUUUAAAAAUGCCUGAAGACAUUAUAUGAUUUCCUUGUUUAUUAUAGAGGAAUUUCAGAGGAUUAACCAAAAUCAUAUUUGGUGAGAAAUGACAGCAUGUCGUGUAUUUUAAUAAUGAUUGGAUUGCGGAAAAAUAACCAGACUGUUCCGUAAUAUAUGGCACGCAUUAAAGCAUAACCCGCAGUAAAUCUGUGCACACGUUCCUCACGUUUUCAGCAGCUCCAGCUGAUGUCAAAUGCUUUUAGAAGGCAAAGGCCAAUGAAUUCAAAUAAACCCAAGUUGGAAAUGUGAGUCAUGACCGUUUACAGUACAUCUCCUGUAGAUUCAUAUGGGCUGUACUGUAAUUGAAAAUAACCUCUUGUGGAGUCUGUUACCAAUUGCAUUUUAAAUUGUUUAACUGUGCGCUGAUUGGAGACGUCAGGCUGCAAGGAGUACCCGCCUUAAACGCACACAUAUAUAUACACACACACUGUUUAAACAGCUAGCAGAUCCUUUGAGAAAGAACGAAUGGACUUUUCUGUCUUUUGUUUCUUGUCAACAGUGGAAUUUUUAAUGCAUAUUUUUAUAUUUUGUUGUUGCAUGAAAAACAGAAAAUAAAGAAACUAAAUCUUAUCUAAACUUA